AUGGCCGCGAAAUGGGCCAUCGCGGUGACCGCUGCGGUGAUUGCCUGCUGCUGGACCAGCGGAGUCUUCACGGUGAAACUCCUGCAGCGCUGUGACUACAACAAGCCGUACCUCCUGACCUACCUCCAUGAGCUGGGAGUCACCGCUGUGUCGAUUCCGCUGGCGGCGUGUGGUGGCGCCCAGCUGUGGCCGCGGUGCCGGCAGCUGGGGCUCAGGGCAUUGGGCCUAGGGCUCCUAGCCUUUGGCGCGAAUAUCUGCUUCAUGGUGGCGCUGGUGCUGACGACCGCCAGCUCCGCCAUGACGCUGGAGCAGCUCACGCCGGUCUGCAUCGCAGGUCUCUCGUACGUCUUCCUGAAGGAGACCUACGGGAUCUGCCAGAUUUUGUGGCUGGGCGUGGCCAUCGCAGGGUCGGUGCUCACAGCCCGCAGUGAUGUGCAGGCAUGCCACGAGGGGCAUUGCUCGGGGUCCAUGCCGCUCCUGGGAGACCUGCUGGUGGUGGUGACCUGCGUCACCGCGGCCCUGUACAUGGUCUGCUUUAAGCUGAUGUUCGCGGAGGGGUGCAGCUGGCAGGUGCUCUUCACCUACUUCAUGGUGAAGGGCAUGUCCGUAGCAGUGGUCGGGGGGCUGGCCUUGCCAUUCCUCCCAAGUUCUCAGCUGGGCUUGCCCGAGGAUGAGUGUGGUUGGGGCUACUUGGGCAUCAACAUGGUGGCCAACAUGGCUUUCAACCUGUCCCUGGCCUGGGGAAUGCUGGUGGUAUCCCCGCUGGCCUGCCGCCUCUUCGUGCUGCUGGGCCUGCCUGCCUCACUGGUGCUGGAUGCGAUGCUCGGGGUGGCAGUGCACUUCCAGCGCGUGCUGGGGGUCGCUCUCGUCACCUGCGGCGUGGCCGGCUUCGAGGCAUAUGCGAGAGCCGCACCGAGAAGCGAAAGCCGAGAAAGCUCCGAGUGCCGGGAGGAGGAGCUGAGCAGCGUCGAGUCCGAAAGCACUACCUCAGUGACGUCGGACCAUCGCCAGGGCGCGGUUUCUGGCCACCGGCGCGGCUCGCAGCUGUGCUUGCUGGGGGCCAUUGCGGUGUGCACCGCUGGGUUUCUCGCGGCCGCGCAGUGA